AUGAACCCUUCAAAUGCACAUAAUUCUGGAGUUCAUGAUGAAGAUGUAGAUGCUAAAUUAAUGGCAAGGUUGGAUGAGCUUGGGAAAGAAGAGGAAGAAGUUGCGAGUGAUAUAGAUGAUGAUGAGGAUGAUCAAAAAGCUAGUUCUUCAGAUGUUGAUGAAAAUGGAAAUUAUCUGAGGGUUGACAAAGAUAAGGAUGAUGAAGAUGACGAAGAUGUUGAUGAGGCAAGUUAUUCGAAGGCUGUUGAAGAUAAAUAUGAUGAGGAAGAGAAUAAUGAAGAUGAUGAUAAGAAUGACAAUGUUAAAAAUAAUUCUCAAAGUAAUGUUGUCGAUAAUCUUCUUAUGAUCAAUCUGGAACAAACUUCUCCACCCGUACCACCUCUUCCUACUCAUGAACAGCCUAUUCCUCUUUUUGCUGGUUUCAAUAUGUGUUUCCAGCAAGACAUUUACGACCCACUUAUAUAA